GUGGGGUUUCCCUCAGGGGUGGUUUUCGCCCCCAAAAACCGUCCCUGAGAUUACCUUGGAGGGUGAGCCUCUGAAUUUCAUCAAUCUGAAUCAGAUCAUCUACCUAAACACAAGCACAUCCCGUUCCUUUUAAGAACUCAUAAGACAUGAAGCUCAAGUUUCUCCUAACCCUGGGCCUUUGCGUAGCCUUGUGUCAGUCUGCAGUUAUUCGCAAGAAUUCCCGCCCAAAGCGGACUUUAGGUCUUUUGACGGCUGGAGGCAGUGCGGUUGGGGCUGGAUUGGGCGCGGCUGGAAGUGCGGCUGCCACAGCCUUCGGCGUGGCCGCAUCCGCCAAGCCUCUAAUUCUCUUGGGACUCGGAAAAUAUGCUCUCCUGAACAUGCUUUCGCGACCAGGCAGCCAAGUUGGAAUCACUCUAGGAUAUAACGCUCCCAACUAUCAGAACUACGCCUCUUACCCCUCGGCAGCAGGAUCUCAACCUAUCGUGGUGAAUGAUGGUUCUUAUGGGUACCCGUCGGCCUAUGAAUACACCCAGCCCCAAGAGCCCAUCUUUGUGGAGCAAUUUAACGAAUCACCCGUCUAUUACGAAAAUGAAUGGUGAGGGCCUGGCGUUGGGAAAUAGCAUCUUGACACGAAUUUAGGAAUCCAAUUGUCGACAAAUAAAACUGUUACUACCUCAUUAUUUAAUAAAAUUCCUUGUGGAGACUUGGAUGGGUUAUUAUUGACUUCAAGUCUU